AGAUGUCAUCUGUCAAUAACACUAUUUAAGACAGCUGAUAAGUUUACAAUAUUUUGGAAAGUUAAAAAGGGGUUAAGACAUUCCAAAUACAUUUUUUAGAAAGAAGUAUGAUAAAGAUAUGGGUUCAAAGUUUGGAGAUUUGUUAAAGGCACUUACAAAAGAACAAAGUAGUAAAAGUAUAUUGAAAAUUUUAUCCAGCAUAAGGAAAGGAGUAGAGUGGCCUAAAAAUAAAUCUAAUAUUGAUAAAAUUCGUGAAAUGGGGUCUUUGAAAUAUUUUAUUAUCAAUUUAAAUUCGCGACAUAAGCACAUAGUUGAUGUGAGCCUUAGUAUUUUAGGAAAUGCUUGUAUGGAUUACAACUGUGCGAGAGAUUUAGUGGGAUUGUACAAUAUUAUACAUAUUUUAAGUAAAAUUUUGCAACGUUAUACAAUAGAAGAUAGCAUUAAUGGAAGAAUAUUUAGAAUAAUUGGUAACCUUUGUCAACAUUCUGACGAUUUGGUGAAAAUUAUUUUGGAUAAAGAACCACAAAUUCUCACACAACUUUUGGAUACAUUAAAAAGCACUAUCCAAGAUAUUUCAGAAACCCAUAUAAAUUACUCAGAAGCAACUAUUAUUAUGGGUUUAAGAGCAUUAAGGUAUAUGAUCUCCCGUCAAAGUUUAAAGAAAUAUCAAAUAGUACAAACUGUGGGUAGCCUAUUUUUUAAAAUCAGCCAGGAAUGGCAAAAAAAUAAGAAUCAAGAAAAUACUUUAGAUGCCGUUAUAAACUUAUUAUAUAAGAUAUCCAAAUAUAAAGAAUACGAUACAAUAAUAAUAUUAAAAAAUUUGGAUUGCGGAAAUGCAUUGGAGGAACUGCCAAAAGUGCUACUACAUAAUCCCAGCAAGAUCAUGAGUAUUAUUGUUAAUUUUAUCGGGAUUAGUAAAUUUAAAUCAGAUCUACCAGUACCAGAAAUUUGUACUAAAUUUGUGGAUGAAGUUGUUAGAAAACAUAUUGACGCAGAUACUACAGAAUUCAGCAAAGAAUCCCUGGAGCAUAUUUACUACCUCUGUACUCUUCUUGACCAUCCGGCGAAUCGAAACGGUUAUAAUUGUGCCAAGACUAUUCCACUUUUGAUCCAAGUACUAGAAAAGUUGAAAGCCCCUACAGAUGAUCAUAUAAAAUGCUCCAUUUUGCUUAUCAGCACUCUUAAUAAAUGUCAAUACGAAGAAAGUUUAUUACAAGAUCAAUUGAAAUGUAAUAUUUUAGAUGUCAUUAUUAAAAAAAUGCGAUGGAUUAUUAAUGACACAGAUAUUUAUUCCAAACAUAGAUUCAGGAAAGGUUUUAAGAGAAAAUCUUCUACAUUAAUAAGAAAAUUGCAGUUUGAAGAUGCAGAUGUACAGCUACUGGAAGAUCUCGAAAGGAAGAGAGCAUGUACUUGUUUAGAAUGUGUCGAUGAAAAUUGUACCAUCUAUUAUUCUUAUUCCGGUUUAUCUCCAAGUAUUAUUGCAGAAAACAGACACCGACAACUUUCUCCAGUGUCAAGCGAUGAUGAAUAUAGUUUUAUGUCAAGUUUUAAAUUUGACAGGAGUCCUAGUCCUUGUUCAAGUACGAACAGUGAUUACGCAGCAUUAACUUGGACAUCUCCUUGUUCUAGUCCUAGAUCCUCAAAAAAUGAUGCUUCUUCUUAUUCAGACUCUGAUGACUAUUCCCCGGUUUGCAGUGAAGCAGAUAGCACAGAAUUUCCAGUAUCGGAUUAUUUAGAGGGAGAAUUAGAUGAAGAUUCACAAUCAGAUUUAUCAGAAAUUAAAGAACAAAUCCCUGCUGAAAAAACUCUAGAACAUAACAGCACCACCAAUUUAAAAAUGCGCCUGAUAUCCGAAAUAACAAAAUUAAUAAAAUCGUACGUGAAGAUUGAACCACCAGUUCCACAACUAGCUUCCGAGGAAUUAUUAAUAGCUCUUAUUAACUGUUCGGAAUCUUUCAAUAACAAACAAUCUACUUAUAUCACUACAAUAAACGUUGCUUGUGAUAUUCUUCGUUCACCUUUAUAUUUACUACCUUUGAUGAAAACUACUUUUAUAGAAAAGAUUUAUAAAUUGACGGAACUAGCACAUACUUCGCGUUGCAUUAUCUGCGUAGAUCAUUCUUGUAUAGGGAAAAUGAUAUUGAAAAGAAUAACGUAUUUAGCGGAAUGUGCAGCAGGAAAAGGAGAUAUUGCUCACGAAUUACUGAGAGCUAAUAAUGAUGUUAAAGUUCAACUGGUCCUAGUUAUUCCUUAUAUUAUAGACGACAAGAAAAUCUUAUCGAAGCUUCUGAUAAAUUGUGGAGGUCUAAACAUCCUGAUGAAGUUGCUAACAGAAGAUUCCAUCUAUAAACAGCGUACGAUUAAAGUAAUUUGUUCGUUGGCUUCUCGGAAACUCAACAUAGCUAAUCCCAGAAAACUAGCUAUGGACAUAUGUGACAAUAUAAGUGUGAGUGUUAAAACGCCGGACGAUCCGGCGAACAUUGUGACGUUUAAAUUAGACGACGGGAGUUGUAUUGAAGCCGACAGAGACGUUUUAAUUGAAAAAUCGGAUUAUUUUAACAGUUUACUUAACGGACAUUUCAAAGAAAAAAACGAAGAAAUUAUUUAUUUACAUAACGUGGAAUUCAAAACGCUAAAUUGUUUAUUGAAUUUAAUCAAAUCGAAUUCGAGUUUGGAUCAAGUUGAUGUAGAUACGUUGUUGGAUGUCAUAGUUUUAAGUGAUCGGUACUUGAUGAACGACAUCUGUUGUUUUGUAAGGAACUACGUGGAAAAACACACGUUUUCCUUCAAAACCGUACCUACAAUUUACAAAUGGUCACUAGAAUCUGGUUUAAAUUUACUUCGGAUCGAAUGUAUUGCAUUCGCGUUGGUAACUAAGCUCAUGGAUAGCAGUAGGUUUUCAAUGUUUGAUGGCUUAUUUGAACUCGGAUAUUCCAAUGAAUUAGUAGAGGAUAUAAAGGCGCUUUUAGUUAGAUAUUUAGGGACGUUUUCGAGAUGAGCAUGAAUGUGAUAUUAUUUAUAUAUAUGACUGACUGUAUUUUUAUAAGGACUAGUAAUAUAUGACGUAUUAAGUUCA